AAAACAAAUACAACAAUGUCACAAGAAACUUUGACCAUUAAUUAAAAAAUUUCAAAAGUAAUUUACAAUGUGCACACAUUAAUUAACCAUACCUAUAGAUCACUAUGACUUUAAAGUGGACCCUACUAAAAUCCCCCUACAUGAAACCGGUUGGCUUUAUAUUCAACGUGUCUAUAUUUCCGUCAAACCGCGUAGCUCUUCAACACGCCCACAAAACCACGCUCACAUCAUUCAUAAAACCGCCAUUAAUUUAUAUUCUCACCAUAAUCCAUUUAUCCUCUUCUACAUAUAACCACAUAUAUCCCCUCAAAUCCUUCAUAAUUCACACCCAAAAAAUCUCUCAAAAAACCCUAAUUUUUCAUCAAAUUAGAAAAGAUCUAAUCCUUUCCAUGGAAGGGUUUUCAUAUCAGCAAUUUGGUGAUGAUCAAGUUGAUUAUUUUGAUCUUCUUCCUGAUCCAAUUCUUGUUUUGAUUCUUAACAAGCUUUUUGAUGCUAAAUCUUUGUGUAGUUGUCUUCUUGUAUCAAAAAGAUUUGCUUCUUUGGUAUGUGAAAUUGAUUCAAUUUCAAUCCAAACGAAUAAAAAAAGUCCCAAAUCUAAGAAAUUUAUUGAAGAUUCAUCAAAAUCAUCAAGUGGGUCCAAGGGUUUAUUCAAAAAUCCAUUCUUUAAGUUUAUCUACAAACCAAUUUCUCUAAUUCAACAAGCUAUUGCUAAUAAAAAGAUGAAUUCUUUGUCAAAAAAUGGUGGGGGGCUUGAUGUUUUGAAAUGGGUUGGAAAUACUCUCAAGAAUUUCCCAGAUGUUCAAUCAAUUAAUCUUGAACUUCCUUGUCAUGGAGGUGAAAUUGGGAUUAAUAAGAACAUCCCACUUUUAAAAUGGGAAGCUGAAUUCGGGAUAGAAAUGGAAAAAUGUGCAAUUUUGGGUGCAAAUUCAAUUAUUGAUAGAAAAGAGAAAAUUAGGUCAGAAAAUAAUGAAAAUGAAACCCAGAAUUUUUCAGAUGAAGAACUGAAAUUAAGGAUUAUUUGGAUAAUUUCUUGCUUAAUUGCAUCAUCAGCAAGGCAUAAUUUAAUGAAAAAAAUGGUGGGUCAAUGCCCGAAAUUAAGAAAAGCAAUAAUUUCAGAUGGUGGAAAACAGGGGAAACUUUGUAUGAAUGAAGAACAAAUUGAAAAUCUGAGAAAUUCAAUGAACAUUUCAAAAAAAGAAGAAAACCCAUCAUUGAAAUUAACAUCAGAAUCAAACCAAGAAAGUGAUGAUCAUGAUGAAUCAAAUUCAAUGAAUUAUUCAGGGUAUUUAGUGAUGAAAUUAUGGUAUGUGAAGGAAUUGGAACUGCCCUGUUCUGGGAAAAUUAUGAAAGGAGCAACACUUGUUAUGAUUAAACCUGAAAAAAAAGGAAAUAAUGAAGAAAAAGAAAAUGAUGGAUUGAAUAUGUUGAAAGCUUUUGAAGGUGAGGAUGUUUUUGAAGAGGCUGCUAAAGAAUUGUUGAAGAGAAAAGAGAAGAGAAUGUAUAGGUUGGAAAUGAAUUCUUCUUGAUUUUUUGUUUUUUUAUUUUAUUUUUAUUUUAAUUUAUCAUAAUUUCUGCGAUUUUUGUUUUGAUCUUUUUGGGAGCUAGUUUGUGUAUAUUAAUUAGUUUUAUGAGUAUAUUAGAUUAAUUUUUAGAGUUUCUUCAUUUUUUAUUUUUUUAUAUAUUUGAUUUGAUUUGAAGUAAAAGCUAAUAUUUAUAGUAGUAACUAAUUAUUGUUAUAAUGAUAAAUAAGGAAAUGAAGAAGAUGAAGAAGUGCAAUUAUUUUCAA